UUUCUAAUUGCUAUAUUCAUGGUCAUCUGACAACCAUCUCGCUGGCCGUGACGACAGAAAUUUCUACACAACGACAAAAACGGAAUCUUUUGUGUACAAGCGAAACCUACAUAAAUAGUUUACGAAUUUUUGUCAUAUGAAAGUUUCAUAAAAAAAAGACAUCUGACUAAACCGGAACUUUAACAAAUUAGUGGCUUAACUAGUGCUUGAUACCAAAAUGUCAACUCCAGCUAGAAGACGCCUGAUGAGAGAUUUCAAACGCUUACAAGAGGACCCACCUACAGGGGUGUCAGGAGCUCCCACUGACAACAAUAUCAUGAUCUGGAAUGCUGUGAUAUUCGGCCCCCAUGACACUCCAUUUGAAGAUGGAACAUUCAAGCUAACAAUAGAGUUCACAGAAGAAUACCCAAACAAACCUCCCACAGUUCGGUUUGUGUCUAAAAUGUUUCACCCCAAUGUAUAUGCAGAUGGAGGAAUAUGCUUAGACAUUCUGCAAAACAGAUGGAGCCCAACAUAUGAUGUAUCAGCUAUAUUAACUUCUAUACAGUCAUUACUAAGCGACCCUAACCCCAAUUCACCUGCAAACUCCAUGGCAGCACAGCUUUAUAAGGAGAACCGGCGGGAAUACGAAAAACGGGUGAAAGCAUGUGUAGAACAAUCAUUUAUUGACUAGCAGGGGUCAGCCAGGAUCUCAGUUCCAUGUGGUGUACUCAAUACCUGCGCUGCCGUACACACCGGCCAAUACCUCCUUAUAAAUUUCAUUGGGACAUCCAUGUAAAUUAUAAUUACAUACAUAAACCAAGUUAUACUGCAAAGUAUACCAGAUAAAUUAUAAGUUGGGUUUUGGUAAACUAAUUUUAUUAAUUCAUAGGAAAACCAAAAUUCGAGUCAACAGGUAAUAUAAAUAAAAAUAACUCAUAAAAUUCAACUAUCACUGACAAUAUUAAAGCUUACUACCAAUAACUUUAAGAUUAGUGUCAGCAUUAGUUUCAAAUAUAUUAUCAUCUCAUGUGUGAAAUUCUUAUUUUCAUAGAUAAACUUUAGAGCCCUUUUGUCUCACCAUUUCAUGACUUCCUAUAAAGCCUUAAAUGGAAUGAGGUUGUUAUAUUGAUAAAUCAAGAUGUUUCAAUAGAACUUUUGAAACAUUUAGUUCAAAUGUAUGAACUUCUAUCAGGCAUAAUGCUUGCACACAAUGAAAACUUACAAAAAGCUUUGCUUGUCUUUUCUAGACUCUGGUAGAUUGAGAAGCAAUUUCUUGAGAACUACUUAAACAAUUUUGUAACUCUUAGCAUACACAAUAACUUUAACAUUUUCUUUCUAAUUUAGUGCUGCUUUGUCCUAGAUUUCAGUUUUGGAAUACUUGUAUUUUAUUAUUGAUGAACUAUGUACCUAUACAUUAAUGUAAAGUAGAAAUUAUAAUUAUUUGCUGAUUAUAAUAAUUGUUAAUUAAACACCUUAGUGGUAUUAUCAAGUGUUUACCUAAAAUAGUACAAGUUUAUUAUUAAUUUUCAAAAUUAUUAUCUAUUGACUCCAGUGGUUUAUAUUAUAUUGACAUAAUUAUAUUUCUGCUGCACAAAAUUAGGUCGAGUCUCAUUUGUAUUAUCAUAAGCGUCCCAAUGGAUAUUUUUGAAUUGUGUAGCAGUUUUCUUGUUUUCUAAUAAAGCUGAAUGUUUGAAAUGUCUUGUGUUUAAAGGACAUUUAAAUAUGUGUAAUAUUUCGUCUUCUAGUAAAAUAUUAUUUUCGGUUUUACAAA